AUGAUAAGACAGAUCCUCAAUAGAGCCAGUCAUGCAAUCACAUUGGUCAACAACCAGAUCGGUGCCUUGACUAACGCAACCCAAACUAAAACAUGUCUACCUUGUUUGAAGGAACUCGCGUUGUCAGUAUUCAAGGGAGAGAAAAGCAAAUUCUCUCAUUUUCAGGAAUUGUUUAAUGUGUAUGUACAUAACCAUAAAGACUUAGACAAUGUAGCAAAGUUCACAUAUCUUCUUGACUCUCAGGAAGGACAGCCGCUCAGGGUGGUGCAGGCUCUGAGUGUACUUGCAGUUAACUAUACCAUGGCCCUCAAUUUGCUAACUAAGUAUUAUGGCAACCAGCAUCAGAUGCUGAUUGUGCUACAUCAGUGGUUAGCUAAUAUUUUUGUUCCGAAGUUCAAAAAUAUAAAACUUAGCGAAUUAAGAAUAGAAUUCACUGUGUUGAUUGAGCAGAUUAAAUGCCUAAGUGGAUCCACUCUGGAUCAAGGCAUGUUGUUAAGGUUGAUAAACCAGAAGUUGUCUCAGGGUCAUGUGUAUCAAAAAGUUGUUAAUUAUUUAAGUAAGUGUGACUAUAGUUUAGAUGAGUUGUUCGAGGCCUUGAAUUUUCUAAUAAGAUACUUAGAGGAUGAUGCAUUGCAGAACGGGGGAGAACUGUCACAACCAAAGGAAUCUAGCGGCUCUCGGUCAGCGUCGUGCCCUUUUUGCAACAGCGGUCAUCCCGCAUUCAGUUGCGUCAAACAUCCAGAUGUCACCUCAAAAAAGAAUCAACUUAUAUUAACUCGUAAGUGCUUCAACUGUCUUGCGUUGGGACAUACAAGUAAACAGUGUGGCAGCAAAUGCAACUGCAAAUUGUGUGGUGGACGUCAUCACUGCCUUGUCUGUGAUAGCAAUGACCAAAAAUCUAGCACAAAUUCAUCCCCCACGCCACAUUCCAGUUUCCAACAGUCGUACAUCUAG